CACUGAGAGGUGAAAUGGCACAGAAAGGAGUUCAGCUUGACCGGGAAACCUUCUCUUGUUCGAUCUGUCUGGAUCUACUGAAGGAUCCGGUGACUAUUCCCUGUGGACACAGCUACUGCAUGAACUGUAUUAAAACCCACUGGGAUAAAGAGGAUGAAAGGAGAAUCCACAGCUGCCCUCAGUGUAGGCAGACCUUCACACCGAGGCCUGUCCUGGUGAAAAACACCAUGUUAGCAGAUUUAGUGGAGGAACUGAAGAAGACAGAGCUCCAUUCUGCUCCUGCUGAUCUCUGCUAUGCUGGACCUGAAGAUGUGGCCUGUGAUUUCUGCACUGGGAGAAAACUGAAAGCCAUAAAGUCCUGUCUGGUCUGUUUGUCCUCUUAUUGUGAGAAACACCUCCAGCCUCAUUAUGAAUUAUUUAAAAAACACAAGCUGGUGGACCCCUCCAAGAAGCUCCAGGAGAACAUCUGCUCUCGUCAUGACGAGGUGAUGAAGAUGUUCUGCCGUACUGAUCAGCAGUGUAUCUGUUAUCUCUGUUUCAUGGAAGAGCAUAAAGGCCACGACACAGUCUCAGCUGCAGCAGAAAGGACUGAGAGGCAGAGAGAGCUCGAGGUGAGUCGACAAAACAUCCAGCAGAGAAUCCAGGACAGAGAGAAAGAUGUGAAGGUGCUUCAAUGGGAGGUGGAGGCUAUCAAUCACUCUGCUGAUAAAGUGGUGAAGGACAGUAAGAAGAUGUUCACUCAGCUGAUCCGUCUCAUGGAGAAAAGAAGCUCUGAUGUGAAGCAGCAGGUCAGAUCCCAGCAGGAAACUGAAGUGAGUCAAGUCAAAGAGCUUCAGGAGAAGCUGGAGCAGGAGAUCACUGAGCUGAAGAGGAAAGACGCUGAGAUGAAGAAGCUGUCACACACAGAGGACCACACCCAGUUUCUACACAACUACCCCUCACUGUCAGCACUCAGUGAAUCUACAUCCAGCAUCAAUAUCUGUCCUCUGAGGUACUUUGAGGAUGUGACAGCGGCUGUGUCAGAGCUCAGAGAUAAACUACAGGACGUUCUGAGGGACAAAUGGACAAACGUCUCACUGACAGUGACUGAAGUGGAUGUUUUACUGCCACAACCAGAGCCCAAGACCAGAGAUGGAUUCCUAAUAUAUUCACGUGAACUCACACUGGAUCCAAACACAACAAACACACAGCUGUUAUUAUCAGAGGGGAACAGAAAAGCAACAGUAAUGAGCCAAAAACAGUCUUAUCCUAGUCAUCCAGACAGAUUCACUACUUGUUAUCAGGUCCUGAGUAGAGAGAGUCUGACUGGACGUUGUUACUGGGAGGUGGAGUGGAGAGGGAUAGGAGUUCAUGUAGCAGUCACAUACAAGAAUAUCAGCAGAACAGGGAGCUUGAAUAAAUGUAUCUUUGGACUCAAUGACAAAUCUUGGGCAUUAUAUUGUGACAAUAACAGUUACAUAUUUUGGUUUAACAAUGUCAAAACUCCUUUCUCAGGUCCUCUGUCCUCCAGAGUUGGAGUGUAUCUGGAUCACAGUGCAGGUAUUCUGUCCUUCUACAGCGUCUCUGAAACCAUGACUCUCCUCCACAGAGUCCAGACCACAUUCACUCUGCCUCUUCAUGCUGGACUUCGGUUUUAUUGUGUUGAUGGAGACACUGCUGAGUUCUGUAAACUUAAAUAGACAGAAGUCAUUUAAGGGACAGUGGAUUGAAUUCUUGAACUUAAUUUUUCUUUAUGUUUGUGGCUGGGAGCUGAUUGUUGUGGCAUUUAAUUACUGCACAGAGAUCACCUGUAAAUCAAACAUUAUCGGUGGCUUCUCAUUUUCACAACAUGAAACUAUAAAACUGACAUUUUUUAAACUAUUGUGUAGUCUAUGUUACCCUGUAUCAUUAAGAGUAAGAACAGCUUUCAGUGUUUAGAUGCUGUGACCCUUACUGCUGUUUAGUAAUAUUUAAUAAUUAGUUGUGUACAAAGUCUGUAAGUAUGAACACAGUAUGUAAGAUAAUAGUAUUGUCAGUAAGUGUUUCAUUAUUAUUUGGAAAAAGUGUCAAGAAGAUUUGAAUAUGUUCAUUCUCAAAGCUACAGAUAAAUUGGCUAAAGCAACAUAUUGACCACUGUUAGUUUACCACAGAUAAAUUGGUAUCAUGUAUAUGUCACUGAUAGUAGAACAAUGCCACAGAGUUGUUAUAUAUCCUUGUGUAGUGGUGUUUGUUUAUGUGUAACUUUUAUUUGUAACGCCAAAUCACACACUGUAAAACAGCACGUUAAUAUAAAAAGUAGAUUUAAUCCUCCAAAAAAUGUGGAGUCACUCAACCCUA